AUGGCGGAUCCAUCUCUUCGAAACCCUAGCCUCAUCAUGUCCCAUCCUCCUCCUCCUCCUUCUUCUCCUUCUCCUUCUACUUCGCCGACUCCUCAAUCAGGAACCACCUCGGAACCACCGCAGCCAUCUAAGCCGCCUUGCUACCUCUUACCCUUUCUCAAGAACGUCAACAGACCGAAACUCCGAGUGACGUCUGAAUUCGACAGCGACAGUCUCCAAUUCGUGAACAAAGUGUCUUGCAAGCUGUUCGAUAACCUCGCGAAGCUCAAGCUCUCGUUCCAGAACAACUCCCAGCGCGAGGUCUCACAGCCUCAGGUCUCUCUCACUUCCAAAUACCUCUCCGUUCUCUAUGAUCUCGAGGAGAAGAACACUUUCGUCAAGAGCACCGUCGACGUCUCCCCGCGCCUCCAGCUCCGAGCUCUUCACAAUGUCAAGGCACAACAAGGAGAGGUUGCUAUGGAGGCAAAUCUGGCUGAGCCUGGCUAUUCACUCGAGCUUGCAUCACCGGUUCCUCUUGGUUACCCAAGAGCGACUCUUAAGUUCCCACUUGGCGAAGUUUCGAUACAAGAAAAAGAAGAGGAAGAGGAAGAGAAGAGCAACAAAAGAGUGUUAUCUGUUAACGGGAUCCUCAAACGUCAAGUCAUGAGUGGUGUUUGUACCGCUCUAUACACUGAUGAAGAGUUGAGGCUUAAAUAUGCUUAUAAGGAUGAUGCAUUGUCUUUCAUCCCAAGCAUUUCCCUUCCUUCCAACGCUGCUUCAUUUGCAUUCAAGCGCCGGUUUAGCCCUUCAGAUAAGUUGAGCUACUGGUACAACCUUGAUUCAAACAUGUGGAGUGCUGUGUACAAACGCACGUAUGGUAAAGACUACAAAUUCAAAGCUGGCUAUGACUCUGAAGUACGCCUUGGCUGGGCAUCUCUCUGGGUCGGGGAUGAAGAUGGAAAGGUAAAAACGACGCCGAUGAAGAUGAAAGUGCAGUUCAUGCUUCAAGUUCCACAAGAUGACAUCAAAACUUCAGUCUUGAUGUUCCGAGUCAAGAAAAGAUGGGACAUUUGA